UGCAUAGGAGUGGCCCUUGCACCUGUCCGACCUGUUUGGGGGACACAUGACUCCGGAGGAAUUUUCCCCCGCUGCUCCAGUCCUUUGUCUAACGGAGUCUCUUUUAGUGGGAGACGAAGGGUGAGAGUCAGAAGAGAGGGGGAGACAGAGAGAAGAGAGAGGGAGAUAUAGAGAUGUCGGAACCAGCCACUAAUCCCGCUGCCACCUCGUUCCCAGCGCCAACUAUUUCUCUGCCUUUGGGACUGGAAGUAUUGAGAACUUACUCUGGAGCCCUUAUCUGUUUAGAAAUAUUAUUUGGCGCUCUAGUAUGGAUCCUGGUGGCUUCCUCCAAUGUGCCCGUGCCUCUGCUGCAGGGUUGGGUGAUGUUUGUCUCAGUCACCACCUUCUUCCUCUCCUCCGCCUACCUCACGUUCCUCAUCACUGGCCUGGCUGACCGCAUCAACACUGACUGGAAUUUCUUGGAUGUGUUUUACCAUUUUAUGGCUUUGCUUUUUUACUUUGCUGCCUUCGUGUUGGAGGCAGCAACUACAGCAGCUAAUGGAGGAGCCUACAUCAAGACGAUGCCUAACAACACUGAGACUGUCAUGUGUAUAACCUACCCUCGGGGCAAUAUAUUCACAGUCCUGGACGAUAGGCAAUACAGUAUUAAUGUUGCGGCCACGAUAUUUGCAUUUGUGGUGACACUAUGCUAUGGCUGCAGUAUGGUGAUGGGCUUUAAGAGGUGGCGGAUGUAAACCCAGGAAAACCAGCACAAAGUAGUUUUAUAACUGCUUCAUAACUUUAGCAUGUAUUAAAACAAUCAGCUACGCCACCCAGAGCUCCAUAGCGAGCUCUGCUAUUCAGUUUAGCAGUUUAAGUUGAUGCUCAGUUCUUUUGCUGCUUACCAAUGACUUCCCUGUUGUGCGGAUUUUUUUAAGCUCUCAAGAAAAGGGUGGAAGUUAGGGAAGGUUGUGAGGGGACCUUGUAUAUGAUACAUGUUCUGAGCUAUACAGGGUCAAUUUGCCAGGUAUAAGUGGUUGUGACAGGUAUAGGUUGUGUUUUUUUUCACCCACUUUGUUUAUCAUUCAUAUCAUCAAGUAUUUCCCUAUUUUCUGAGUCUAUCCAUAUUGGAGGGCAUAUUUUCCAUUUCCAUUACCACAAAAAUGAGCCUAUGUAUGCUGCUGACAGGUUUUGCAUAACAGAACAUUAAUGUGAUGGUGCAAUUAAGACCCUAAAAAGCAACAUGAUUGUUUUCACUGUCCUCCAGUUACCUUGGUGCUAAAGAGCAGUAAACUCACUCUAGAUUUAACACGACUGUUUAUGUGAAAACUAUUUAAAAUGUGAGUUGAUCUGAUAUAUGAAUUUCAAAGUUUAAAUUUAAAUUUGUUGUGAGCACUUUUUGUUAAAUUUUUUCGGCCUAUCCGACGUAACUGUUUUUCACAUUAUUGUAGCUAUUUUACAUUUUCAGUCAGAUAUUCUCACAAUAAUAUGUGUUACUGUUUAAACAGUUCUGUCCUAUGUGACUAACUCCAGUGACUUACUGAUAAAUAUCAUUUGACCAAGGCCUGGGUUAAAUAAAUCUGUCGUUUUUGUUGUUAAUGUAAUCUGAUCAUCAAUAAAAAAAUAUUUUGUCAGCUACUAUAUUUCUAAGAGUAAUCUUUAUGUACUUAUGAAAGAUUUGAGUAUGUAUAAUAGUGUGUUUUUAGUGUUUAAUUGUGUUGAUGCAUCAGAAAAGAAUUGUCCAAAUCAGUAACUGUCUUACUUGCUUCCAUGUGUUUGUUAUAUUAACUGUAUACUUUUGUUUGCAUUAGGCUAUUAAAUGUUAUUAAUUUAAAAAAAAUAAAAGAAGAAUGUUUGUUUUUGAAAUCUUAUGUUUUUGACAU